CCGGCACGCCGGUGGCACGGUGAGGCAGUGAGUGCCGCGCGCCCGCGGGGACGGUCGUGUCGCCCUGCGUACAGAGCGCUCUCGUGUGUGUGACUUACGCGGUGCUUGUGUUACGUGCUCCUUCUACUAUAGUACGUAUAUUAUAGUAUUGUUCGAGUGACGCUUACUUCAAGCAUGCUGAUGGUACAAACCAACACACAACCGAUGAAGAGCAACAAGAUCAAAGGACCACCUCCAGUGCCUCCGCGGCCUAACCAGAGCGUGGUGGCGGAGGCACUGGCAAAAACGAGGAAGGCCGUUGCGGACUCAAAGGCUAGCUUUACGAAAUCGCGUGCCUUCUCCAAGCAGGAGAACCACUAUACGUCAAGAUCUAAAACUUUGGAUAGAGCCAAUACUGUCAGUGAGUCAACAGUGUCACCAAAACAAAACGGAUUAGCAAGAGUGAAGUCGUUCAUCAGAGAUGUAAUCAGCGAUCGAAGCUCGUCUUCAGAUGAAAGAAAAUCCAGUGGUCAAAAUUCUAGACGAAGCUCCAGCGACAGUAGUUCUAUUCCAACUCCAACAUCGAAUAAAAAGUCUAAUGAAUCACUAAACUCUAAAGCAGUCAAAACCUGCAGACAAAUAUUAGUAAGAUCUCUUUCAACAUCGAAUAAAUUGGAUCAAGACUCAAAAUGCAAAGUAUCAAAGUCGUCUAGUUUCGCAGAGAAAACUCUACCUUUACGAAAAGCACCUCCGCCUCCGUUGUCCCCAAAACCUAAGUUAAAACCAAUGAAGCCUUUGCCUGUAAAUAAAAGUCCUAUACAUAGCAGUAAAACUAAGAUCUCACCAGACAUAAGUCCUUAUUCAUCUCCAAUUGAUGCGAGGCCUCCACAGAGUCCAGUAUCAGAAGCACCUUACGCGUCCGUGGAGGAAAUGCAAGAGUUUGAUGACAGGCUGAGAAACAGUCCGUCUAAACAAUUGAACACUCCUAAGGAGAUUCAACAUGUUCCAGAAAGUCCGAAAGUUGAUGAACAUAUAAACAAAAAUACCAACUCAUUGGAAAGAAAAACAUCGAGAGUGACAGAAAUGUUAAUUUCAGAGAUCAUUGCUAGUAGAAAUAACGAAAAAGACGAAGCGCACACCGUAAUAGAUAAGGGGAAAGAAAGUUUGAAGAUUAACGGGCACGAUACUCCAGACAUGGAAAAGAUGAAAGACAUGAACAACCACGAGAUGUUGAUAUACGAAUUGCAAACGAUGCGCUCACAAUCUAACGUGCCAGAAUCAUUGGAUGCACCGGAGUAUGCAGAAACAAAUGGACAGUGUGAUUCCGAGGACUCUGAACAAAACUAUGCCAUGUCUUCAGUAACCAGCGGGAAUACAGACGAUGAUCAGGCUUACGCAUACAUACUCGACGAUGACCUCAAGUCUAGACUUCGUAAGCAGUUCCGCGCAAUCAGCACCAUGUCUCUGCAAGGACUACCGCCUCUGCCGAAGAGUCUCAGUGGCUUCGCAGACGGUGAACCGGACCUCCAAGAAACCCCAUCACCGCCAUCAGACAAACCACCCACAGAUCUCGACUCACAACUCGCUUAUCUCAAGAAAGAAAUGGCGAGUUUACGGCAGCUGGACCUGUCCCUCCUGUCUGAGCUAUGGACGUUGAGCGAAGCCAUGGCAUCAUGGCGACGGCAGCUGGAGCGAGGGCCACGCCUUCGCCCCGCACCACCACCGCCGCCGCCGCCACACUACCUUCGAACAUGAACAUCAAAGACCAUUAAAUACGCACAUUGACCACUCAUUCCCGUCAUAUUUGCUCCUACACAAAAAGGUCUAUUAAACUAAGACUAUUAUCUCCAUUUCGGAUCUAUCUGACAAGUUUCGAUCUCGACCGAAAAGUUCGUAGUCGAUUUUGAGAAGCAUCGGAUACUACUCAGAUCAUAACGUAGCUCUAAUAUGUAAUGAAACUCACUCCCGUUUUUAUAGAAAAGGUAGGAACUUCAAAAUCAAUCGAAGCGUUCUUGAGUUUCCCGUUGUGUUUGUGUGGGUAUGUACAAUAAUGACGUAUAUGACAAUAUAACUGCAAUGAUGUUAGUGUGUGUAGUUUAAAUUGUCUCGUAAGUUGUAGGAAACAUGUUCAGUGUCAUAAUAAUUGAACCGCGGACUGAUAUAGGUUCAAGUAAAGCUGGGUUGCCAACCUUAUUAGAGACUAGGCUUUUAGAUUAUAAUGCCAACCUGUCUAGCAGUGAAUUUCUUAGACAUUUGAAAUAAUCGCUGUACUUUGUAGCUCUAACUGAAUAAGUCAAAAUGGUAGCUCUUAAGCAAAGAAGUUUAUAUAACAUUUUUAGUUAUUCGAUGUGGCAGCCCCAGCGUCGACAUAAGGUGUGAUUCCACCAGUUUUUUUCUAACAAUGUGGAGUGAACAAUUUCAAUGUAUUUAUAUAGUUAUUAAUAAAAUGUUGUAAAUAAAGAAGUUGUCGUGA